CAGUUUUAAAUAACUUUUGAUCGUGAUCGGUGGUUGCUGCUUAGAGAGAGAAGCAAUUCAUCAACGUGUCAAUUGUGAUUAUGAAGUUUUAAAUUAAAAAAGUUGAAAAGAAAUCUGCUCUCAAAUUGUCGUCAUACGGGGCUGUAAUUACAGAACAAAUUAUUUGAUGGUUUUUCAAGAAUAAAUCACAACAAAAUGCUUGAUCAAAAUGUCAUAACCACGGCAAAUGAGGCUCCGAAGUAUCCCAAAUCGAUUGCCUUCAUCAUCAGCAAUGAGUUUUGCGAAAGAUUCAACUACUAUGGAAUGCGAACAAUUCUCGUCUUAUACAUGACAAUUAAGUUGGGAUAUUCUGAUGAUACCGCUACAGUUUUAUUUCAUGUUUUUACGAGUUUGGUUUACUUUUUUCCAAUCUUGGGUGCGAUCAUUGCUGACAGCUUUUUGGGGAAGUUUAGAACAAUUCUUUACUUAUCAUGUGUGUAUGCAAUUGGAAGUGCUUCAAUAGCUGUUGGUGCAAUACCAGUUUUACAUUUACCAGCUCAAAGUUUCACAAUUAUCGGGCUUCUGUUAAUUGGAAUCGGAUCUGGUGGAAUUAAACCAUGUGUUGCAGCUUUUGGAGGCGAUCAGUUUAAAUUACCGGAACAAGCAAAACAACUCGCAACAUUUUUCUCUUUCUUUUACUUUGCAAUCAACGCUGGUUCACUUAUUAGCACUUAUUUAAUGCCAAUAUUGAGAGAAGAUGUUCAUUGUUUUGGAGAUUUGGAUUGUUUUUCUCUUGCAUUUGGAAUUCCCGGUGUGUUGAUGAUUGCUUCGAUAAUUGUUUUUGUUGCCGGUAAAGCUUUGUACAUAGUAAAACAACCUGCUGGCAACGUCAUUGUCAAGGUCACCAAAUGUAUAUUUAAUGCAAUCUCCGAAAAAUCAAAGCAGAGUCAAAAGCAAUUAUCACAUUGGUUGGAUUAUGCGGAACCAGCUUAUGGAAAAGAAAUGGUCAACGAUGUGAAAAGUGUUUUAAAGAUUCUUUUACUUUUUGUUCCAUUGCCAUUGUUUUGGGCGUUGUUUGAUCAACAAGGAUCAAGAUGGACAUUUCAAGCGACUCGAAUGAAUGGAGAUAUUGGAUUUACAGAAAUCAAACCAGAUCAAAUGCAAGUCAUCAACCCACUUCUUAUCUUAGUUUUCAUUCCAAUUUUUGAUUGCGCGAUUUAUCCUUUUCUGGCUAAAAUUGGGCUUCGUCGACCACUACAGAAACUUGCAGCAGGUGGAAUUUUAGCUGGUGUAGCGUUUCUUGUUUCAGGGCUAGUUGAACUGCAACUUGAGAAGACUUAUCCAGUUUUUCCUCAACCAAAUGAAUCACAACCUGGCAAAUCGAGCAGUUUCUUUGUAAAAAGUUCACCGAAAGCUUUGAGUUUCGAAGAGAAAAUUGACAAGACAAAGAGUGGAUAUCCAACGAUAAGAGUUUUAAGUGAUUUAGAAAGCGUGAACUUUAUUAAAUUUGUAAAUAACAAAGGCGAAGAAUCAAAGAAAAUUGUCACACAUUCCAUUAAUCAAUUUGAGAUUCUUCCUUCUUCUUAUUCAGUUUAUGCUGACAACAUAAAACUUGGAGAUGUUGAGUUGCUUCUUGGUGGAGUUUACACAAUUGUUAUCAGUAAAUCAUCUAGUGGAGGUAUUGAGAUGAAGACUCACAUAAUAACAUCACCAAACAGCAUUCACAUGUUAUGGUUGAUUCCCCAGUUUGUGAUUAUGACAGCUGGCGAAGUAAUGUUCAGUGUCACUGGUCUUGAAUUUGCAUAUUCUCAAGCACCGACAACGAUGAAGUCACUUUUGCAAGCAUGUUGGCUUCUCACUGUUGCUUUCGGGGAUGUUAUUGUCGUUAUUAUAGCUGAAGCAAAAAUUUUCCAGUCACAAGCUAACGAAUUUUUCCUUUUCGCCAUUAUGAUGUUUAUUGAUAUGGCCAUAUUCGGACUUCUUGCUAUGAAAUAUAAAUAUGUGAAAGUAAAUGAUAAGAAAGAUGAUAGUGAUAUGGAAAAUGCAAUUCCCAUUGAAAAGACGAGAAAGACGUUCACUAAUGACGCUUUUCAAGAUGAUUGA